UGGACGCCGUGCAAAGGCUGGGUGCGGUUUGCUGCUCGUCGUGCUGUGGCCGCCGCGUUCCGAAAGCCGCGAUCGUCGGGCUCCGGUGACGGACAACACCCCCGGCCUGGCUACCCGGGAUUGAGGCUCGGGAUACGGAAACCUGUCGCGCCGCCGAGCGCCCAUUGGUUUUGUGUAGUGCGUGUGUGUGUGUGUGUGCAGCCGUGCGCGCGUGUUGUGUUGACUCGUGGGCCGUGCGUCGUUCGUGCGCUCACGCGAGCAAGUGGCGAGCGCGGCGACAUCAGCGCGGGAAAUUCGAAGCUGCAAAUGAAUCCUUCCGGGGAAGUGUUCUGGAACUCGCCGGCCGCCACCGAAGGCCACGGGCGUCAGUUCGACGCCUAUUGGAGCGAGUGCGACCACUUCCGAAUCGACGACGAUGAAGAGGAAGACGAUCGAGCGACCCACCAGAAUCCAGAGGAGCAGGAUGCGGACUGGCUCCGCGAGGUGGGACUCGACUUUGUGCUUGACGAUGUCCUCGGGUCAAGUGGUGGGACUCACCAUCACCAGCAUAGCGACGGAUCUGCGCCACCUGUGGCGCCCCCUCCGGCGGCCCGGUCGUACGUGCGUACUCUGAGCCGGGAGCAGGCAGCGGCCGUCCAGAGGCGGCUGGACACGGUCACUCUGCGUCGGCGCAAGCACCACGCGCGCCAGGACGUGCGCAACGUGUUCGACCCGGCCGCCCACCAGAAUGCCAGCGAUGCCUCGGACGGACGCCGUGGCGAGAUGCGCCUGUCGACCGCCGCGCCACCCAGCGGUCGAGCCCCUCCGGGGCCACUGUGGAAGAACCACUGGAACCAGUACGACGCCAUCGCCACGCCCGACGUCAAAGGCGUGGCCGUGCUGGGGUUCAAGAUGAAAGGGACCUUGCGAGGACCGCCGGCGGAAGCGGCGUCCCUCACGCCACCAGAAGAGGAGGACGAGGACGAGUCGCCGGUCGCUGUCCAGCCCGGAGUCGACUGGACCUUGCAACCCGGCUUCAACGACUCAUUCAGCUUGGGCAGCCAAGACCAGGAGCUCCCUCUGGUGACCCUGUGCGAGCAGCCCACGGGCGUCACGGUGCCCAGCCACCUGUCGCCGGCUGACUGGCGCAAAGUUCGCAGCCUGGCGCUCAUCGAACUCACCGCACUUUUCGACCGACUGGGCAUCACUUACGCUCGGCGCAAGAACACGCGCAGGAAAACCAAAGAGAGCCCGCUGUACGGAGUGCCACUGACGACUCUGCUGGAGCAGGACAACGCAAGGCACGCUCCGGUGCAACAUAAGGUGCCGCUCAUCAUCAGGGAGAUUCUGGAUCAUUUGCGUCGCCACGGACUUCAGGAGGAAGGCAUCCUGCGCGUUUCUGGUUCCGCACUCAAGAUUGACGCGCUGCGGUCCGAGCUCGAGUCGUGCUACAACGGGAGUCGUAAUCCCGAGCAGAUCGGAGCAGUGCUGAGCCGAUUCGGCGUGCACGAGGUUGCCGGCCUGCUGAAGCAGCUCCUGCGGAACCUGCCUGAGCCGCUGCUCACCAACAAGUACGCCGAAGCCUUUCUGCACGUGGAAGGCAUUCCUACCUUGCUGGAGCAAAUCAAAGCCCUCAACUUGCUCGUGCUGCUACUGCCGGAAGCAAAUCGCUCCACCUUACUGGCUCUGGUCAACUUCCUGGCGGACGUGACGGAGCGAGACGGCCGGAACCGCAUGUCGGUACAGAACGUGGCCAUGAUCAUCGCCCCCAACUUGUUCGCCCCGAAGCGGCGCAAGGCGACCGAGGAGAACCUGCGAGUGGCGCGCGCUGCCACCAACGUCACGCGGAUGCUGAUCUGGUACCAGCAGCUGCUGUGGAUUGUGCCGUCUCAGUUUAUGGGCCAGAUUCGCCUGGAGUACAGGAUACACUACGAGAAGAAGCACGCCAAAGAAAACAAGAAGAAAAGGAAUCAGCGAAAAGACCGCACCUCUUGGUUUGAACCGCGGGAUAACGAAGAUACCGUGUUUCGUGUUCGCGUCGACCACGAGGGACAGACGGGCACGACGCACCAGGUGGCGCUGAACGACGCCACUACCGCCGGCAGUGUGGUGGGCGAGGUGUUCCUGGCCAUGCACUUCGAGGCGCGCAAGAGGGACAUCGCCACCGGCAAAGGAUCGCCGCAUGGGAGGUCCACGGAACAUCAUUCUGGAGACAGUCGCUUCGCUAGUGACGUCAAUACCUUCCUGCAAUACCACUGGCUCUACGAGGUUGGCGGCUACAUAGGUUGGCGCCAGCUGGAACACAGCACCAACGUGACCGCCGUUCGAGCGGAGAAUCCCGUUGCCGAGUGGGUGGUGCGCUGCCACCACAUCCGAUGACCGCUCGCGCGCCAUUAUUCUAGUGGCAUUCCAAAGUUCCACUUUGUUUUCUCACGUUCCUGCCCGGCAGUGCAACCUGCCCUCAACUCAACAGGCUUGUUGAUUGCCAGCCGGGUGCUCGCACAGAAACCAGCCAUAAAACUUAACCCUGUCAGGCUGCUUGAGUAAGCGUCUUCAGAGAAUGGUGUAUAGGAGCGCUGGCGAGCUGGUGUUUAUCGGCGAAGUGCCCAGUGCGAGGAUAAAAAAGAGCAGCUGAAA